UUUCCAUCCCUUCCAUCUCUCUCUCUCUCUCUCUCACACACACACACACACCUAGACCAACCCAUUUUAGUCUCUUCCAUAUCAAUCCCUUCUCACUACUAAUAUUCCAUUCUCUUACCCACAACCAUGGCUGCCUGUGGGAGCCUACACCACUUCUUCGAAAACCCGUUGCCGGAGAACCCGACACUCCUUGAAUCCUUGACCGCGUGGAAGCAAAUCAAGCCCAGAAACCCCACCAAUCCCUCCUCAUUCACUGAAAUCUUUGGCGAGCUCCACUUUCAAGAGAUGUCCAAAUCUGCCCCACCUUCCACUCCUUCAAAAUCAUCAAUAGACCAAAACCCACGUCCCAGUGAUGAGAAACUCAACAACAGUAACUAUUAUCAUACCAACAACAACGACGAUAGCAACAGCCCGUCGUUAGACUCUUUGUUGGGUCACAACAAGAAUAACAACAAUAGCCCGUCGUUGGACUAUUUGUUGGGUCCAUCCAAAACUCAAUUCAACAGCAGUGGAUCGAAGAAUUCAGGUAGCCUACAGCUAUGCACUGAAGGCCUUGGAUUCGAAAGCUCGGACGAUGUGGAGGACUCAAAGAACAUGAAGGUGGGCAGUGAUUGGAGUGAUGGCGAGAACGGGAAGUUGGGUAUCGUGAAGCAUUCCAAGGGUAGUUGGGAAGCUAUGGGGGCCCGUGGUGGUUUCAAGAAAUCGAGGAUGGCUGGCGCAUUCCCCCCUCCGCCCAUCACAUCCAUGGGGAGGCAAGGGAAGCCAUGGUUCUUCUUCAAGUCUUAUAGGCAUGAGGGGAGGUUUGUACUUAGAGAAUUCAAGAUCCCCACUCAGGAGUUCCUGCAUGCUUGUAGAGAAGAUGGGCGUCUGAGGCUGAAUUUUGUUGUCCCGGACAAAGAGAACAUCGAAGAUGGAAGGGCCGAAGGCAAUGCAGAAGAACAAGAAGAAGAAGAAGAAGAAAAGAUUCACGGAGAGGAGGAUACGGCGGGUAGUGGAAUUUCUUAGUUUGGUUGGUUUUAUCACAAGGCAUGUCCAAGCUUCUUUGAUGUGAGAUAUUGGUAAAUUGCAUAAACAAAAGGAAGAAAUAGACUACUUUGAUCGGUAAAAGAAAACUUAGGUUAACGCGGCAUGAGAAUGAUGAUGUGGACCGUUUGUUUAUUUUAAAGCCCCAUAAAUAGACAUUCUGCCGAAUAUCGAAGUGAUCAAACAUUUCUGUCCAUGUAUAAGAAAAAAAAAAUGUUUUACAAAUUUUGGUGAUCUUUGUACACUGCUUUUUUUUAAAUGGUCAAGAUUCUGGUGUAUGUAACUUU